CGCACCUGACUAGAACAUACGCACGUCAACAGCACGCCAAAAUGAGGAUCUCUGUGCUAGCUGUAUUUGUUUGGGUAUCUCACGUGACUGCCUUGCACUUCUACCUUCUGACGGGCCAGACCUGCUGUUUUUACGAGGACUUGACCUCGGACUCGUUGGUGGUGGGUAAGAUCGACGCCUACGAGUAUGACGAACGUAUGGACGAUUACUCAAAAAACCCCAACUUGAAGUUGAAGAUCACCGUGGACGAAAUCUUUGAUAAUGACCAUCGUGUCGUGGACCAGACCUCGCAACCAAGUGGCGACUUUGUUUUCAACUCCCACGACAGUGGAGAGCACAAGUUCUGUUUGACACCUGUUUACAUGGACGGCACGCACGGGAGAAAACACCGCAUUUUCUUUGACGUGGCUAUUGGCGCAGCACUGGAAUACGUGGACCUGAAAUCGACCAAGAAAGUUGAUGGUUUGACUUUGCAGAUCCAGGACUUGAACCGGAAGUUGCAGGACAUCCACAUGGAGCAGGAGAGCAUCCGCGAAAGAGAGUCAGUUUUCAGAAACCAGAGUGAAUCCACCAAUGCACGUGUGGUGUGGUGGAGUAUCAUCCAGGUGGCUGUGUUGGUGGGAACUUGUACCUACCAGUUGCGCCACUUGAAGGGCUUCUUUGUCAAGCAAAAGAUUGUGUAGACUGGAUAUGUACAAAAUGAGGAUGAAAUGUCUGUGGAGGUAUAUACGAUUUGAAUCUGUGGCGUUAGGUUUUUCUUCAAUGAUGCAGCAUUUACAUGUUUGCCCAGAGACAUGUGAUUUAUCCGUGAGAAGUUUAGUCUGGCUCAGCACACUCCAAACUGAUGUUUGUUUGCUUAUUUGUCAAACUUCAUCAGCUGUGUAUUUUUUGUCAUGUCUUUAGGGGCUAUCUGACAGUGAUCACCAAUACUUCUAUACGAUUAUUGGAGAUGAAUCAAGUGAAUUAGAAAUGAAGUAAACCCGUAAAUUGCUUGGAAAACAUUGCUUCUGAACUAUGGCCCGGUGAAUACGCCUGCUAACUUUUUUUAAAAUAAGUGCCAGCUGUCGAAGAGGCUCGUUUCUCUAUUUAGUACUCGAAAGUUGCAGCCAUGUAGAGAUACAGCCACCAAGCUGCCACGAA